CGUAAAGAGCCAAACAUCCCUAUUUCAACAUCAGAUUUAGAGCUACUACACCUGAAUUGAAGAAGAGGAGGUUUAAACAUUUAAUUGUUACAAGAAGGUGUACUACUGUACAUUGCAGGUUACAAAUAACUGGACCCAGCAUUGAUGGCAAUGUACCUUUUCCAAAAAUGGUUAUGGAUUUCUGAACACUAGUGAUGCCUCUUCUUGGGCACUGGAUUAUUGCCCAAUACGGCCUGAGCGGUUAUACUACAGAGUGAAAGGAUUCCCAUACUGGUUACCUGGGACUCAGUAAUAACAGCUGCCAUGGAUACUAUGCGUAGCAGGUAAGAAUGUCCCCCCUUCGUUCUUGUCUUAAAUUAAUGUCCUUGCUUUUGUGUAAGCUACAAUACUAGCAUUCAUAUCUGCCUAUUUGUAAUAAAAUGGGAAAAUAUAUAAAAAGAAGACUAGCUUUUGAAUAUCACAAUGUUACAUAAACAACUAAACAAAAGUAACUAAAAAUAGAUUUACUUAUUAGUCCUGGUUGUUGGAUUAUUUUAUGUCAGACAAUAUUUGGAAAUUACAGGACAAAUAUUGCAGCAGGGAAUUAUGGCUUUGCAAAUUUUUGUCUGCUGAGAAUAUGACUUUAAUAGCAGCCACAUAAUCUAAAACUACUACAUAAAGUAUAUAUUUGUAGAAAGAAGACCACCCCAGGGUAAUGACACUUUUAAUUUAACCAUUUUAUCUACACCUUCUGCCACAUAUUCUGGUUAUGUUUAUUAUUUGUGUUUUUCACACAAUUCAUUUUCGUGGAUAAUUUCAUAGAUCAUGUGUUUCCCACUAAUAUAAAGACCCCAUAUUUCUAUUCUAUUUCCCUCAAGUACAGAAAUGCUCCUAAUGUAGAUUUGUGGGCAGUGGCAUACACACGAUCCAUGGGGCCCCUGUGCAAAAAUUGAUCCAUGCCCCCCGCUUACUCUGUGCGGGCCGGGGCCGCUACACAUGGUGACGGGCACCUGUUCACAGGGCUGCGACCCCUGCGAACGCGGUAUGCACGCCAGUGCAUGCAGAUACACAUCCACUUAAAGGACCACUAUAGGCACUCAAAUCACUUCAGCUCAAUGAAAGGAUCUGGGUGCCAGGUCCCUCUAGUUUUCACCCUGCAGCUGAAAACAUAGCAGUUUCAGAGCAACUGAUAUGUUUCACUAAGGGUUAAUCCAGCCUCUAGUAGCUGUUUCACUGACAGCCGCUAGAGGCGCCUCUGCGAUUCUCACUGUGAAAAUUACAGUGUGAAGACGCUGGAUGUCCAUAGGAAAGCAUUGAGUAUGGGCGGUUUGAAUGUGCGCGGCCACGCAUGCGCAUUCGGAGCUGAGAGGCGGAUCGGGGCGGAGAGAUCCCCAGUGCCAAGGGAGCCCGGCACUGGAGAAAGGUAAGUGCUGAAGGGGUUUUAACCACACUCAGUAACACACACACACGGUAACACACUCACUGACACACACACACACACACACACACUCGCUGACACACAACUAACACACACAGUAACACACACACAAAAACUAACACACUCACUAGCAGACACACACAGUAACACACACACUGACACAAAACCUAACACACACACUCUAAUACUAACACACAUACACACACACUUUUUUUUUUUUUUAAAUGUGAUACCCCAGCCUCCCUACCUUUGUGAGUGCUGAGGGGAUUCCCUGGGGUCGAGUGGAGCUGCCCGGCGGCCGGUCCUGCAGGCGCACGAGGGAGCACUUUCUCCUGAGCGCUCUCUGCCCAGCUCCCUCGAGCACGCCGCUUACUGAUGCUGGAGCUGGAAUAUGACGUCAUAUUCCAGCUCCGGCAUCAGUGCGGUGCGCGAGGGAGCUGGGCAGAGAGCGCCCGCCAGCCCACCCGGUGACACUGGCGUACAUACCGGGUUGCAGGGCGUCAUUUGUUCUAGAUUAGCCAUUUUGGUCUAAUUAUUGUAGCACAACUUUCUGGCAAUUCAAGGAUUAACGAAUAAACGCCGUCAUUGAAAAAAUGUCAGAAGCUGGAGUAUGUGUAGUUGAAAUACAGAUUAUUUUCUUUCUGGCAGAAAAGCACAGGGCAAGCCAAUAACAUAUGAUUUUGUGGAGUGUUCUUACUACUGUUUAUUAAAACUAAUGACACAGCGGUGGAGUGACUUAGAGAAUAUAAAAUAAUAUGUCAGAGGUUUAUUCUAAUAAUUAUACUUUUACUUUUUGGUACAAAAUCAACAUUCUAAAUGAAUGAAGAAAUCUCGUAUAUAAAGAUUGUACAGCAUUAAUGAAUAAUCCCAAAAUUAUUUUCAUAAGAAAGACUAUAGGAGUUAAUCUCUAAAAACUCAAUAGUAGUGGUGACAAUAGCUAAAUUGGAGAAUUAAUCUAAAUCAGUACUUUUUGCCUAGAUUUGGCAGUUCGGCUUUUGAUUCACUGCAGUUUGGUAUUUUGUGAAUGAACAGUCUUAUUAAUUGACAGCAAAAUCUUUCAGAGAUGUAUUCACUAAAUAGUGCAUAGUGGUGAAUUUAUCCCUAAAUUGUAUGAAUAAUGAAUAACUUGAUUAAAUUAGUGGCUAUGUAAAAAACAAAAAAGUCUUGCAUUAUUCUAUGGGUUAUUUAGGAUUAAGGCACAAACUACAGUUAUGUGAAGAAUGAAUUGUUAAAUUAUAGCUGUUAAACAUGUGCCUCUCCUCAACGAUACACCAACAGUAACGGCAGAAUGUAACGACUGUAUAUAUUAAAGGUUGGGAUCAUAACAACAACAACAACAAAAACAUGCAUUAGGAAAAUAUAGAAAUGCAUAAUAUCAAUUAAAUCUAAGAAUUUUACCCUGAACACGUAUACAUAGAAAAUCAUCAUGAAUGACAAUGAAGACUGAAUACAUUUCAAAUUUUGUGAUAUAGACAUUGAGUCUGAUGCUGUAAAGCUUUAGUACUCUCUUACGUAAACAUCAAUCACAUCAUAUGUUAGUAAUGUAAAAUAGGCAUGUCCAGAUAAUAUUGGCAUUAAAUAGCAACUUACAAAAUAUACAUAAAAUGUUAUGAAGUUUUGUUAUUGAGGUUCCAUAUGUGAUCUUUAUAUAGAAUAGAAGAAAACUCUCUCAAUCAAAUGCAUUCCGUUGGUAAAUCACAUUAUUUUAGAACACUCAGCAAUUUUUCCAAAUAACCGCCUUUCACUUGGAUGUGCACUACUGCAUAAUAUGAGUGUAUGUACAUAAAUAUAUUCAUAAAUAUUAUAACACACACACACACAUAUUUUAUAUAAAUACUUAUAUACACACACACACCACUGACAGGUGAAGUGAAUAACAUUGAUUACAGUGUUACAAUGGUACAAUGGCACCUGUGAAGGGGUGGGAUAUAGUAGGCAACAAGUGAACAGUCAGUUCUUGAACUUCAUGUGUUGGAAGCAGGAAAAAUUGUGAUAGCUUGUGUUGCAGACUACAUACACUUGUUCAUGGCAAUGGCAUUCUGUAGUAGCUGUGGCCUCUUUCAGCAGAAUAAUGCUCUCUGCCACACCUCAUAGUGAACAAACUAAGGCUGGAACUGCUGCAAAGCUACUCCCGCAGAGACGUAGUAGGAAAGGCAUAUGGAUUACUGUAGGAUCUGGUAGACUUAGAGUUGUGGAUAAAGGCAUAUUGCACAGUCUGUUGCUCUACAUAAUUCAUUUUCAGCACUUUCAGAGUGUAGUGGUGUUGUGGAGACAGGCUCAGGCACUGAGGGUAGUGGUGUUGUGGAGAUAGGCUCAUCCACCGAGGGUAGUGGUGUUGUGAAGACAAGCUCAGGCACCGAGGGUAGUGAUGUUGUGGAGACAGGCUCAGGCACCGAGGGUAGUGGUGUUGUGGAGACAGGCUCAGGCACUGAGGGUAGUGGUGUUGUAGAGACAUUUUCAGGCACCAAGUGUAGUGGUAUUAUGGAGACAGGCUUGGAGACACUGGCGUACAUACCAGGGUCGCAGGGGUCGCGACUGCGACCGGGCCCGGCCCACCAGGGGGCCCGGCCGCCCCUGCGACCCGGUAUGUACGCCCAGGGCCAGCCUCUUCCCCCUGGGGGGCCCAGGAGCCGACCACCCCAGGGCCCCCCUGAGGCUGGCCCUGCUGACCCCGGGUGGCAGGUCGGGCAGGCAGGGAGGCGGGCGCGCGAGGGAGCACUCAGUGCUUCCUCUUCAGCUCCCUCGUGCACCGCAAUGAUACGUCAUCUUCCGGCGCCGGCAUCCCUACGCGGCGCGCGAGGGAGCUGAAGAGGAAGCACUGAGUGCUCCCUCGCGCGCCCGCCUCCCUGCCUGCCCGACCGGCCACCCGCCCAGGAGCCCAGCAGCACCACUGGACCCCAGGGAAUAAUCCCCCCCAGCACUCCAAAAGGUAAGGAGGCUGGGGGGAUUAUAUUAAAAAAAAAAAAAAUCAUGUGUGAGUGUUAGAGUGAGUGUUAGUGUGUGUGAGUGUUAGAGUGAGUGUUAGUGUGUGUGAGUGUUAGAGUGAGUGUUAGUGUGUGUGAGUGUUAGAGUGAGUGUUAGUGUGUGUCUGCUAGUGAGUGUUAAUGUGAGUGUUAGUGUGUGUGUCUGCUAGUGAGUGUCAGUGAGUGUGUUACUGUGUGUGUCUUACUGAGUGUGUGUGUGUUAGUGAGUCUGUUUGAUGUCUGUUAGUGAGUGUGUGUUUGCCAAUGAGAGUGUAUGUUUUGUAAGUGAGUGUGUAUGUAUGUCUGUCGCUGACUGUAUCUCUGUCAGUAAAUGUGUGUGUCUGUUAGCUAGUGUGUAUGCGUCUGUAAGUUAGAGUGUGUGUGUCUUCAGCACUUACAUUUCUCCAGCGCCGGACUCCCUUGGCGCUGAGGAUCCCUCAGCCUCUCAGCUCCGAAUGCGACCGCGCACGCAUUCAAACCGCCCAUAGGAAAGCAUUAUUCAAUGCUUUCCUAUGGACGUUCAGUGUGCUCCUCUAGCGGCUGUCAGUGAGACAGCCACUAGAGGCUGGAUUAACCCUCAGUGAAACAUAGCAGUUUCUCUGAAUCUGCUAUGUUUUCAGCUGCAGGGUUAAAACUAGAGGGACCUGACACCCAGACAACUUCAUUGAGCUGAUGUGAUCUGGGUGUCUGUAGUGGUCCUUUAAAGGACCACUAUAGUGCCACGAAAACAUACUCGUUUUCCUGGCACUAUAGUGCCAUGAGGGUGCCCCCACCCUCAGGGACCCCCUCCCGCCCGGCUCUGGAAAGGGGUAAAACUUACCUUUUUCCACCGCUGGGCGGAGAGCUCUCCUCCUCCGAUCCUCCUCUUCUCCUCCCCGUCAGCUGUAUGCGCACGCGCGGCAAGAGCUGUGCGCGCAUUCAGCCGGUCACAUAGGAAAGCAUUCAUAAUGCGCGCAUUCAGGAAAGCAUUCAUAAUGCUUUCUUAUGGACGCUGGCGUGCUCUCACUGUGAAAAUCACAGUGAGAAGCACGCAAGCGCCUCUAGCGGCUGUCAAUGGGACAGCCACUAGAGGAAAUAGGGGAAGGCUUAACUCAUUCAUAAACACAGCAGUUUCUCUGAAACUGCUAUGUUUAUGAAAAAAUGGGUUAACCCUAGCUGGACCUGGCACCCAGACCACUUCAUUAAGCUGAAGUGGUCUGGAUGCCUAGAGUGGUCCUUUAAGUGUGUGUGCAUCUGCAUGCACUGGCGAACAUACCGCGGUCGCAGGGGUCGCAGCCCCGUAACCCCUGGGCGCACCAGGUGCCCACCGCCAUGUGUUAAGGCGGCCCUCGCCCGCUGGGAGGGCCCACGGAUCAAUUUUCGCACCGGGGCCCCAUGGGUCAUGUGUACGCCACUGCUUGGAGAUUAUGGUGAGGCCUAACAGAAAGCAGUUGUUGUUGGGGGAUUCUAUCAUAAGAGGUGUGGACAUGGACAAUAGUGUUCUUGUGAGAUGUCUUCCCGGAGCUACUGCUCACAGAGACAGGAGACGUAUUUGUAAUAUUGUUAAGCAAGCAAAGCAGGAUGGGGAAUUGGGUGUACUUGUCUAUCUAGGGACAAAUGACUUGGCUUGCAAUGAGGUUUCAGAGGUAAAGGAAGUUUUUUGUGUUUUUGCCAAUAAUACACGGCAGGUUGCUUCCAAACUGUCAUUCUCUGAAGUUCUGCCUGUGCAUAACACUCAGAACGACAGGUGGAUGCGUACUAGGGACUUUAACUUGUGGCUUGGUGAAUGGUGUCGGGAGCAAGGAUUUAGCUUCAUUUCUCAUGGUAGCUCUGUUUGGAAUGGAAAUAAACUGUACAAAAAGAUGGUUUUCAUCUUUCUCAAAAGGAAACAAAUGUUCUCAGUGAGCAGUUGAGAGGUUUUGCUAGGAUAUAUUUAAACUAGAAUGGGGGGGGGGGAGGGGCAAAAGGGUGAUAAAACAUCAAUCCAAUUGCCCCCAAAAACAAGGACAGAAGGUGCCUGUAGCAAGUGUGUUAAAUGAUAAGCUUAGAGUCAUGUUUACAAAUGCUCGCAGUUUAGGGAAUAAGAUCCAUGAACUUGUGGCAAUAAUGGCAACUGGUAAUUUUAGUUGCUGUUACUGAGACAUGGUAUAAUGAGAACAAUUACUGGGACAUAGCAAUACCAUGAACUCUUUAUAUAGAAAAGACAGGGAAGGCAAGAAAGGGGGAGGGGUGGCCCUGUAUGUUAAGGAUAGCAUAAAAUGUAGCCUAAUAAAAGUUAGUGAGGCAAACAUAGAGUCUGUUUGAGUUAAGUUAGAAUUUGGUAAUCACACAGUAACUCGUGUAGGACAAAUAGAAGAGUCAGAUAAUCCACUAGUUGAGGAUAUAGCUAAAAUGAGAGUGAAGGGGGAAGUUAUCAUCGUGGGUGACUUUAAUCUUCCUGAUGUGAACUGGAAAACCAAAAUAGCUGCUUGUGCCAGGAGCACACAUAUUCUAAACUCCCUACUGGGAUUGUCUUUAAACAAGUCGUUGAGGAGCCAACUCGUAAAGAGGACACACUAGAUUUAGUGUUAACAAAUGGAGAUUUGGUAUCGGAUAUUACUGUAGAUGAAAGUUUAGGAUCCAGUAAUCAUCAGUCAGUGUGGUUUAAUAUAAGAACAGUUACUGAGUCACAUCACACAAAAACAAAAGUUUUAGACUUUAGAAAAACAGACUUUUCUAAAAUUAGAAUGUGUGUAAAGGAGUCAUUAUCAGACUGGAGCAAUUUAAAUGGAGUCUAAGAAAAAUGUGAUUAUUUAAAAGUUACACUGCUGAAGGCAACAAAAAAAUUGCAUUAGGCUUCUCAGUAAAAGCAAAAAAUUCAAGAAACCAAUGUGAUACUCCGCAGAUGUGGCCAAAUAGUAAAAAACAAAAAGUUAGCAUUUAGUAAUUAUAAAAAAAAAACCAGAGUGAGGAAGAUAGACAGAUCUAUAAGAUUAGGCAGAAAGAGGCUAAGCAAGUUAUAAGAGCUUCCAAAUCACACACAGAAGAGAAAAUGGCACAGUCAGUAAAAAAGGGGAAAAACAUUUUUUAGAUACAUAAAUGAGAAAAGGAAAGUAAAACAAGGAUUAGUUAGAUUAAAAACAAAAAAAACAAAGGUAUGUAGAAGAUAAAGGUAUGGCUGACUGCCUCAAUUAAUAUUUUUGUUCAGCAUUUACAGAUGAAAAUUAAGGAAAGGGGGCUCAGUUAGGAAAAAGGACAAAUGAGUCAUUUGUUACAUGUGAGUUUACAGAGGAAGAGGUUCUGUUUCAACUGUCAAAGGUAAAGACAAAUAAGUCAAUGGGACCUGAUGGAAUACACCCAAAGUUAUUAAAAGAGUUUAGUGGUGUACUAGCAAAACCAUUAACAGAUUUAUUUAACCAAUCGUUGUUAACAGGAGUAGUCCCAGAAGAUUGGAAUUUAGCGAAUGUUGUGCCCAUUCACAAGAAAAGUAGUAGGGAGGAGUCAGGCAACUAUAGGCCAGUAAGCCUUACUUCAGUAGUGGGGAAAGUAAUGGAAACCAUGUUAAAGGAUAGGAUUGUUGAACAUCUAAAAUCACAUGGAUUUCAAGAUCAGAGACAACAUGGGUUUACUUCAGGGAGAUCAUGCCAAACUAAUCUUACUGAUUUUUUUGAUUGGGUAACUAAAAUAAUAGAUCAGGGUAGUGCAGUAGACAUUGCUUACCUAGAUAUCAGAUUUUUGACACUGUUGCACAUGGUAUGCUUAUCAAUAACCUGCAAUCUUUAAGUUUGGCUUCCAAUUUUGUUGAAUGGGUAAGGCAGUGGCUGAGUGACAGGCAACAGAGGGUUAUAGUCAAUGGAGUAUAUUCGAAGCAUGGGCUUGUCACUAGUGGGGUACCUCAGGGAACUGUACUUGGACCCAUUCUUUUUAAGAUUUUUACUAGUGAUAUUGCAGAAGGUCUUGAUGGUAAGGUAUGUCUUUUUGCUGAUGAUACUAAGAUAUGUAACAGGGUUGAUGUGCUAGGAGGGAUAAGCCAAAUGGCAAAUGAUUUAGGUAAACUAGAAAAAUGGUCAGAGUUGUGGCAACUGACAUUUAAUGUGGGUAAGUGCAAGAUAAUGCAUCUUGGACGUAAAAACCCUAGGGCAGAGUACAGAAUAUUUGAUAGAGUCCUAACCUCAACAUCUGAGGAAAGGGAUUUAGGAGUGAUUAUUUCUGAUGACUUAAAGGUAGGCAGACAAUGUAAAAGAGCAGCAGGAAAUGCUGCCAGAAUGCUUGGUUGAAUAGGGAGAGGUAUUAGCAGUAGAAAGAGGGAAGUGCUCAUGCCAUUGUACAGAACACUGGUGAGACCUCACUUGGAGUAUUGUACGCAGUACUGGAGACCGUAUCUUCAGAAGGAUAUUAAUACUUUAGAGAGAGUUCAGAGAAGGGCUACUAAACUGGUUCAUGGAUUUCAGAAAAAAACUUACAAGGAAAGGUUAAAGGAACUUAACAUGUAUAGCUUGGAGGAAAGACGAGACGGGGGGAUAUGAAGGGGAUCAACACAGUAAAGGAGGAGACUAUUUAAAAGAAGAAAAACUACCACAACAAUAGGACAUAGUCUUAAAUUAGAAGGGCAAAGGUUUAAAAAUAAUAUCAGGAAGUAUUACUUUACUGAGAGGGUAGUGGAUGCAUGAAAUAGCCUUCCAGCUGAAGUGGUAGAGGUUAACACAGUAAAGGAGUUUAAGCAUGCAUGGGAUAGGCAUAAGGGUAUUCUAACUAUAAGAUAAGGCCAGGGACUAAUUAAAGUAUUGAGAAAAUUGGGAAGACUAGAUGGGCCAAAUGGUUCUUAUCUGCCGUCACAUUCUAUAUAUUGUUCAGGAAUGGUGUGAGAAACAUGGUGUUCAAUCUAACUGAGCAUUUGUGAGAUGUGCUGGAACAACAAAUCCGAUCCAUGGAGGCCCCACCUCGCAACUUGCAGGACUUAAAGGAUCUGCUUCUAAUGUCUUGGUGCCAGAUACCAAAGGACACAUUCAGAGGUCUUGUGGCAUCCAUGCCUCGACGCAUCAUAGCUGUUUUUACAGCACAAGGGGCACCUAUACAGACAGGGGGUUUUAAUGUUGUGGCUGAUUAGUGAGUAUAUAUAGUCAUGGAAAAAAGAAAGUACACCCUCUAUGAAUGUUAUGGUUUUACAUAUCAGGACAUAAUAAAAACCGUCUGUUCCUUGGCAGGUUUUUAAAAUUAGAUGAACAACAACACAUCACAUAUUACACGUGUCAUGAUUUAUUUAAAGGACCACUAUAGUGCCAGGAAAACAAACUCGUUUUACUGGCACUAUAGAGUCUUUAGGUCCCCCACACCCACAGGGUCCCACUCACGCUGGGCUGAAGGGGGAGGAAGGGGUUAAACACUUACAUUUCUCCAGGCGCUGGGGAAAUCUCCUCCCUCUUCCGACGUCAGCACUGAAUGUGCAUGCGCGGCAAGGGCCGUGCGUGCAUUCAUUCAGUCCAUAGGAAAGCAUAACUCAAUGCUUUCCUAUCGACGUCAGCGUCUUCUCACUGUGAUUUUCACAGUGAGAAGCGCCUCUAGCGGCUGUCAAUGAGACAGCCACUAGAGGCUGGAUUAAUCCUCAUGUAAACAUAGCAGUUUCUCUGAAACUGCUAUGUUUACAGCUGCAGGGUAAACCCUGGAUGGACCUGGCACCCAGACCACUUCAUUGAGCUGAAGUGGUCUGGGUGCCUAUAGUGGUGCUUUAACAAAAAUAAAGCCAAAAAGGAGAAGCCAUGUGUGAAACAAUAAGUACACCCUUACUGCUUCCAUAGGAAUUAAGAGGUUAAAAAGCAGACACGUGCUGGUAAUCAAUGCCCUUGAAUAAUUGAUAAUCAGCAAGUGUGACCACCUCUACAAAAGCCAAAGUUUUAGCACUUUGCUUGUCUGGAGCAUUCAUGUGCGUAUUAAAGGGAUUCUAUAGUGCCAGGAAAACAAAGCCGUUCUUCUGGCAAUAUAAGUUCUUAUAGUGCCCCUCCUCGUUUCACCAAAAUUCUCAACUAAUCACAAUUUGUUUGAAACCAAAUGCACAAGUCUAUUGGUAAUUCAUUUAUUACAUUUCAGUGAAUAAACCCCUUACUUUUACACAGCAUUGCUGUUUUUGCAGGAGAAAAAUUAAGCCUUUGCAAGAAUUCAAGACAAAUUGUAAUAGUUAUAUAGCCGAUCAAACGAGAAGAGGCAUUCAGAGACACUGAAAGCUGUACUGAAAAAAAUAGAAACAUAGAAGUAUAUAUUUUUAGAUUCUAUAAAUCUACAAAUAAUUAAAAAAAACAGUUAGAGCCAUGUUUAUCACAUGACUUUAUGAAACUACUCCAUGCACCAUACAAUAUGAAUGCAGAAGCUACAAAUCCAGAGACAGCAGUAUAAAUAUAAAUCUACUGGUGUGUUUAUUUGUAACAAAAGAUUAUAUAGUCUACAUGGACCUAUAGUUUGCUGUGUGCUGGACAUGUUAUAUACAGAUUUUUAAAGGAACAAUUCACUGAUUAAAAGAAAAACAACAACAAUAAUCGCUAUUUAGUAGAUAAAUUCCAAACAAAACAUGCUUGGAUUUUUUUCUGCAGGCUGUUGAGGAUUAUGAAAAAACAAAGCUUGCAAACAGCUGCAGAUCUGGUGUCUGCAGCCUUUGUAAGCCUCCAUUCAGAGGUUUACAAAAUCAGAGGCUUUGCAUCGAAUUUAUAUUCAUAGACUUCUCAAUGAGUUGUAGCUCUGUGGAGCUAAUGGUAGAGGGAGGGAACUUUUUUAUUUUUGUUGCACCCCUGAACAGUAAUAUAACUCAAAAAAUGUUUACCCUAUGUUUGUGUGAGUGCUAUGCAUCCUAUGUUUCUAAUACAUGUUAUGCCAGCUGUUUACAUGAAACGAAUGUUGCAGUGAAGGCACAUUAUUUGUGUAAUUUAUCAACUUUUUGACCACUAUAUAGUGUAUGUCAUGGUCAGUUUUAAACUUGGUGAGCAACGGCAUACUUUAAUAUCGUGAUCAAAAGUACUCACUACAAGUCUUAAUGCAGUCAGCAAAACCAAGCUAUUUUUGAAUGCCUACUAAUGAGACUGUGGCAAAUCUAGCCACUUCAGACUAUAUUUCCCACUUAAGACUUAAGUUUGUGUGAUAUUGUGGCUUUAAGACUACCUGAACUGUCCAUGUUCCCUAUUCUAUAUUUUAUGUGAACGAGAGAAUUCGUAUGCUGGCGGCACGAAAGCCACCAGCAUUCAUGCAGUUGUUUCACGAACAGUGAAUUUCAACACUGUUCGUGAAACGAACAAACUACCGAAUGGGAGACCACACACAGGAGGUCGUGUGGCUCCCAUCAAGGAUCGCAACAAUGUAUCUUUCAGCAGUUAAUAGAUGUUCAGGGUGGCCGCCAUUCGGAUACCGACCACUCGGCGGCGGCCAUCUUGGAUCCUUUGUUAGCCCAGCGGUAUUUGGUGGUCGAGUGCCUGGAACUAAAAUCAGCUACUCGACAGCACGAAUACCGCUUGACUUCCAGGCCGUUCGGGAGCCCCGGUCUUUCGGUACUUUAUCUCUGUAUGUGUAUUCGUGACUUUGUAAAGAAUGUGUGUUCAAGUGUAUUUCGUGUGGCGUUCGGCUAAUUGUGCUGGGAUCUGAGCGGUACUUUCAUGAAGUAUGCGCUCAGACCCCAGCUAUCUGCCGAACGGUUAUUCGGUAUAAUAGCAUGAAUAAUGUUAAAGUUAUAGAUCUUUAUGUAAAAAGCCAGUUCUGCUGCAAGGAGGGAUAAUCUACUUAACUGGAUAUUCUAGUGAGAGUAUCCCUCUCGUACAGCAGUGCAUGGUGGGAGAAAUGUUCCCCUACUGUACAUCCCCUGUAAAGUCAGUAAGGAAACCCCUUGCGUUGGGAACCUCAUAAAUAUUAUGACCUGUGAUUAAAACCUCAGUUGACUCCCAGCUUAUGUGUCGUCUAGUUCUUGGGAAGGAAGGAUCUGUAUAAUGCUACCGGGAUUAUUAUAUGCUGCUCCUGUCUACCCGCGGAGAUAUUGUGGAUCAUACUGCAUCUCCGCUACAGAGACACUUUGUAAAUAGCCAUGCGAUUUGUGAAGGUAACACCAGGCAAGCAAUUCCUGGGACAGCAGCACCAGCAGUUGCUCUAAAACUGUCAAAAUUGGUACACAUCUCACUAGCUGAUGUGUAUCAAGCUGUUCCUGGAUGCCUUAUAGAAACAUAGAAACAUAGAAUGUGACGGCAGAUAAGAACCAUUUGGCCCAUCUAGUCUGCCCAAUUUUCUAAAUACUUUCAUUAGUCCCUGGCCUUAUCUUACAGUUAGGAUAGCCUUAAGCCUAUCCCAUGCAUGCUUAAACUCCUUUACUGUGUUAACCUCUACCACUUCAGCUGGAAGGCUAUUCCAUGUAUCCACUACCCUCUCAGUAAAGUUAUUUUUCCUGAUAUUUUUAAACCUUUGUCCCUCUAAUUUAAGACUAUGUCCUCUUGUUGUGGUAGUUUUUCUUCUUUUAAAUAUAGUUUCCUCCUUUACUGUGUUGAUUCCCUUUAUGUAUUUAAAUGUUUUUAUCAUAUCCCCCCUGUCUCGUCUUUCCUCCAAGCUAUACAUGUUAAGAUCCUUUAACCUUUCCUGGUAAGUUUUAUCCUGCAAUCCAUGAACCAGUUUGGUAGCCCUUUGUCUGCCUACCUUUAAGUCAUCAGAAAUAAUCACCCCUAAAUCCCUUUCCUCAGAUGUUGAGGUUAGGACUCUAUCAAAUAUUCUGUACUCUGCCCUAGGGUUUUUACAUCCAAGAUGCAUUAUCUUGCACUUACCCACAUUAAAUGUCAGUUGCCACAAUUCUGACCAUUUUUCUAGUUUGCCUAAAUCAUUUGCCAUUUGGCUUAUCCCUCCUAGAACAUCAACCCUGUUACAUAUCUUAGUAUCAUCAGCAAAAAGACAUACCUUACCAUCAAGACCUUCUGCAAUAUCACUAGUAAAAAUAUUAAAGAGAAUGGGUCCAAGUACAGAUCCCUGAGGUACCCCACUGGUGACAAGCCCACGCUUCGAAUCUACUCCAUUGACUACAAACCUCUGUUGCCUAUCACUCAGCCACUUCCUUACCCAUUCAACAAUAUUGGAAUCCAAACUUAAAGAUUGCAGUUUAUUGAUAAGUCUUCUAUGUGCAACAGUGUCAAAAGCCUUACUGAUAUCUAGGUAAGCAAUGUCUACUGCACCACCCUGAUCUAUAAUUUUAGUUACCCAAUCAAAAAAAUCAAUAAGAUUAGUUUGGCAUGAUCUCCCUGAAGUAAACCCAUGUUGUCUCUGAUCUUGAAAUCCAUGGGUUUUUAGAUGUUCAACAAUCCUAUUCUUUAACAUGGUUUCCAUCACUUUCCCCACUACUGAAGUAAGGCUUACUGGCCUAUAGUUGACCAACUCCUCCCUACUACCUUUCUUGUGAAUGGGCACAACAUUAGCUAAAUUCCAAUCUUCUGGGACUACUUCUUUUAACAAUGAUUGGUUAAAUAAAUCUGUUAAUGGUUUUGCCUGGACACCACUAAGCUCUUUUAAUAACUUUGGGUGUAUUUCAUCAGGUCCCAUUGACUUAUUUGUCUUUACCUUUGACAGUUGAACUAGAACCUCUUCCUCUGUAAACUCACAUAUAACAAAUGACUCAUUUGUCCUUUUUCCUAACUGAGGUCCCUUUCCUUCAUUUUCAUCUGUAAAUAUCGAACAAAAACAAUCAUUGAGGCAGUCAGCUAGACCUUUAUACUCUUCUACAUAUCUUCCUUAUUUUGUUUUUAAUCUAACUAAUCCUUGUUUAACUUUUCUUUUCUCAUUUAUGUAUCUAAAAAAAGUGUUGUCCCCUUUUUUACUGACUGUGCUAUUUUCUCUUCUGUGGGUGAUUUGGAAGCUCUUAUAACUUGCUUAGCCUCUUUCUGCCUAAUCUUAUAGAUCAUUCUGUGUUCCUCACUCUGGGUUUUUUAAUAAUUACUAAAUGCUAACUUUUUGUUUUUUACUAUUUUGGCCACAUCUGCGGAGUACCACAGUGGUUUCUUGAAUUUUUUGCUUUUACUGAUAAGCCUAAUGCAAUUUUCUGUUGCCUUCAGUAGUGCAACUUUUAAAUAAUCCCAUUUCUCUUGGACUCCAUUUAAAUUGCUCCAGUCUGGUAAUGACUCCUUUACACAUAUUCUAAUUUUAGAAAAGUUUGUUUUUCUAAAGUCUAAAACUUUUGUUUUUGUGUGGUGUGACAGUCACUGUUCUUGUAUUAAACCACACUGAUUGAUGAUCACUGGAUCCUAAACUUUCACCUACAGUAAUAUCUGAUACCAAAUCUCCAUCUCUAUGAUUGAGCCUUUCCAGUAACAUCCUAAAUUAUACAGCGCUGCAGAAAUUGUUUAUAAAUAAUAAUAACAAAAAUAUGGUUACUUCAGAGAACAGGAUCACUGUGACAGUCAAUCACAACUAACAAAUGAUGUCAAGUUGCACCAGCGUAUUCUGGGAUCAGUCAUAAAUUAUUUGCUAGGAUUAGGGUUAGCUUGCAUUAGCUAUGAUUAGAGUCAGAUAAAGUUAGACAUAGCAUUAACAUGAUGACCCAGAUAGUGUCACUUCACCUAACAGGGUACCUGGCACACCAUGGAAUCAAGCCAAGUGGCAUGACAUUGGUGAUGAAAAGUACUAGUUAAAAGACUCAAAGUAGCCUGACAAAAUUCACUACUUUGGGGAAAAAACCCCAGAAAACGCCCAUGAUCUGGGGGGCUACAGUUGUGCUGGAGACACCCAGGUGAACUCUUGGACACCAGACUCAUCCUUAUACCCAAUCUGGAAUCAUCUGCUGAGGUCUACCGAGGAUCGAGCAGGGGAGAGGCGGCUGCUCUCUUCACUUGCAAACUGGCACGAGAGUCCCUCAGCUCUCCUCUCUCCUAACCCCACCCCCUUGGACCAGCAGGGGAUACACCGGUCCUCGCUGGGCAUCCGAAGCAACCCGUCCGGAUCGAACCCUAAGGGUUGUACAAAGUGUCAGUGGCACUCCUUAUACUUACAUUGUAUUUUUUUUUCAUUGUUUUUCUUUUGCAUGAUAAAAUGCACUUAAAAUGGAGGGGGUAGGGGGGUCAUUUCAACCAUACUGUGUCCCUUUCAGAAAGCAGUUGUGCUAGGCUUCCCCCUAUCAUCCUUGUCAUUAAUCCAUCAUGAUGUCAUAGGAAUGACAUUGCUUCACAACUCCGAGAGAGAGGGGUGAGUCAGGGUGCGUGGGCAUCGAGGUGGGGGAGAGUUGUGGUAGAAAAAGGUACAGUUGAGUCCCCUGCCGUGUCCUAGCUUGAGACUGAUGCUGAAAUUACAGCCCUGAGCUCCUGUUAGACGCCACCAGGGCUGCAGGUUGCCAUGGCAACUGAGUUAUGCUGUGUGUGAAACAGUCACAGAUGGUACUUGUUCGAGUCUGAGAGCAAAAUAUAGGAUCCUGUGUUACAUAACAUGCAGAAUGCAGAGGAGCUAUGUGUCCCACAACAGUAUCUUGUGGUUCUUCUAACAGCAUCCUGUGUAUAAAGCCCCCACCUGGACAAUGUUAUCUUAUCCCACUACCAGUAAUUCCUUAAUAUUCACACAUAGGCCAUAAAUGGUCACGGAUUUCAUCAAUUUAGAAUUUAUCAGUUUAAGACGAGAUAUUUUAGCUUUUUUUUUUUUUUUUUUUUACAGUGUCAUUGAGUGUUAUAUUACACGACGCAUCAUCAUGGACAUUUAGAGAUGCUGCUCAGCUUUUUAACAUUGAUGUCAAAAGUUACACUGAACUGUGGAGGCCAUCAGCAGGCAAACACCACAAUAUAGACUUACAUGGGAGGAGAGAGUGUGACAUCGGGUUGGGGAAAGAUGGCACUGGAGGUGCUUGUGGACACGGUAUUAAAUAGUAAAUGGGAUUGCGUUUGUGAGGGGUCUUUCGGUUUUGCUAGGGAUAAGCCGUCCACGUUUAUUUGAAAAUUUAUAUUUUUAUUGCAUUUGUUUUCCAAAGAAUAAAAAAAAGAUAUACAAUGCAAUGUAUAUCUUUUUUAAUUUCCCUUCCCAUUUUUAACAAAUUACACAAAUAUUAGAAUAUGUUUAAUUAAAUAAAAUAAUACUCACUUAAAGUUUCCUUUUCGGAGGCAGUCUCCAUUAUGAUGUUCAUGUCAGUAACACUAAGGAAGUGAAACCUAUCUCAAACAAUCCUGGCUCUCCUCUUGUUCUCAAUGAGAGAGAUGGUACAUCCCAUAAACCUCCACUUUUAGUUCCCAGUCCGGUCCUUGAUCCACCCUAAACUGGAAGAAAGGAUGAAUUCCAGUCACUCAUUCUGGACUAUUAGGUCUAUUCUUAGUAGUUUAUUCUUCAGCAGCAUUCCAUAGGAUGAUCUAUAAACUCAUAGCAAUCAUACAGUUGCCGUUAUCAGUUUUGUGAAUAGUGCUUUGUGUAGAAGUCUCCUCAGCUGCUCAACCAUGCAUGUGUGCAGUUAAGGUUCAAGGGAAAAUAGACUUGUGAGGCUGCACUCACAAUUAGGACAGAUAUUGGACAGCAAAGGAGGAAGUAAAAUAACUCAGUAGAAUUUCAGUGAGUCAGGGGUUAGUCUUAUAGAUGCUGCAAUUUUUACAGUAUAUUUUCAGCUAAUUAUUUUUCCUCUUUGUCUCCUACAGUAGAUACAGCAUUGUGUCCACAGAUGAAGAAGGCCUCCAUUUGCCCUCUCUUGGUGUUAAUGGUCAUUGGGCUGCUUCUCUCCAUCACCCACAUUCUCGACGGAAAAGGCGCAACCGCUUUGUAAAAAAGAAUGGUCAGUGCAAUGUCUACUUUGCCAACCUAAGCAACAAGUCCCAGCGUUAUAUGGCUGAUAUCUUCACCACAUGUGUAGAUACCCGUUGGCGUUAUAUGCUACUCAUCUUCUCAGCUGCCUUUCUGGCAUCCUGGCUAUUCUUUGCCUUUGUAUUUUGGUUUGUUGCUUUCAUCCAUGGAGAUUUGGUUAGUGGGGUUAUUACUGGGGGAAAGUCAGGGCCACCUAAGCCAUGUCUUAUGCACGUCAACAGUUUUGUGGAAGCAUUUCUCUUCUCAGUAGAGACACAGACUACAAUAGGUUAUGGAUUCCGUUGUGUAACUGAUGAAUGCCCAUUAGCCAUACUUGCUGUGGUAGCCCAGUCUAUCCUUGGUUGCCUCAUUGACUCUUUCAUGAUCGGAACUAUUAUGGCCAAAAUGGCCCGGCCCAAAAAAAGGGCCCAGACACUGCUGUUCAGUCACCAUGCUGUCAUUGCGCAAAGAGAUGGAAAACUCUGCUUAAUGUGGAGAGUGGGUAAUCUACGUAAAAGUCAUAUUGUGGAAGCACAUGUUCGUGCCCAGCUAAUAAGACCUUAUGUUACUCAAGAGGGCGAAUACCUGCCUGUUGAUCAGAAGGACCUGAAUGUAGGAUAUGAUAGUGGACUGGAUCGCAUAUUCCUGGUAUCUCCUAUCAUCAUUGUGCAUGAAAUUGAUGAGGAAAGCCCAUUUUACUCCAUGGGUAAGGAGCAGCUUGAGGUGGAGGACUUUGAGAUUGUAGUUAUCCUCGAAGGUAUGGUAGAAGCUACAGCCAUGACAACACAAGCUCGAAGCUCCUAUUUAGCAAGUGAGAUUCGCUGGGGACAUCGUUUUGAACCUGUUGUAUUUGAAGAGAAGAAUCACUACAAAGUUGACUACUCACAUUUCCACAAGACCUACCAAGUUCCGGGCACACCUGUGUGCAGUGCCAGGGAAAUGCAUGAGAGUCGUAUUACUGCUUUACCAUCACCAAGCGCCUUCUGUUAUGAGAAUGAACUAGCCCUUCUCAGCCAAGAGGAGGAUGAGGAUGAAGAUGCAGUCGGUGGCGUUGCAGAUGAAGGAGUUAUCCAUGUCAUGGGAAGCCAUCUAGAGCUAGACCGUCUCCAGGCUUCCAUUGCAUUAGAUAACAUUUCCUAUCGUAGAGAAUCGGCUAUAUGACGGAGCUAAUUAGUUAGAAAAAUCUUCUGUGCUUGCAGUGAUUACAUAUUGGCUGUGUCUAUAAAACUAAAGCAUAUACACUUAUGUCUGAAGACAUUGGCACCCAUUAAAUAACAAUCUGUUGCCGUACCAAAAGGUUUUACCGAAUAUAUUCUGAUGACUUAUUCAGAAAAUACUUUACGUUCUGGAAGACAUAUAUGUAGGACAUAUACAACAAUGUUUUAUUGGUUAUAAUACUGAGGGGCAGAAUGUGGUCACAUUUUGGGGACCAGCAAAGAUUGGGUGAAAUCAGUGUAUAUAAAUAUUUUGUACAGAUAAAACAAGAAAUAAACCUUGAAUCUGUGUUCUUCCAAUCUGUUAGACUAUAUAACAUUUCUACAAAUCAUAUAUCACUUGUUCAGU